AAACAUACUGAAACACGCAUGAAAAGAAGAGACAAACAGAAAGGGAGCCGUUUCAAAGAAAUAUCUGACUCUACUGUUAUGUGAAAAUAACAGAAUUCGGGCGCGAAAACCUAACCUUUUAUUCUGACAAAGUGACAGUAUCAACGAUUUACAAAGAAUCAAGCCUGCAUGAAAUGGAUGUUGACCCUGGGAAUCUUGUAAAGGAAAAUCAGAAGUCUUCUUUAACAACAGAGGGUGGUGGAACAAGCAAGAUUACAAGUUCUCCAAGACCAUUUUUUAACAGAGUGAAAAGUCCUUUGUUGAUUUCUGUCAACAAAACAUUGAAAAUGGCUUCCAUUUCUCCAAAAAAGCUGAGUGAAGAGUUCAGAAUUGCUGAUAAAGAAAAUGUGUCUUUGAAUAUUAAUCGGCCAGAAGUGAAUGGAUCUGAUAAAAUAAGGCAUAGAAGUGAAGAGGAUGAAGGAGGCAAUCCUUCAAAAAGGCAGAGAGUUUUAAUAGAUCAGGAUACUAAUUCAUUUAACAAAAGCUCUGAAAAAGAUUUCAACAAAGUAUGUACACCAAAUAAGAAAGUAGGUAAAGUCACACAGGAAGAAAUAGAUCGUAUUCUUGAUGAAGCGUCUGAUGCAGAUAUAAGUUGUGUGUCAAAUAAUAGAGAUUUAUGUGAAAGUGAUACUGAAGUAGAAAUGGGAGAAGGUAAAGGAAGCAGAGACAGAGAAACAGAAGAUAAAAUGUUAAUGAGCAACAAAAAUAAAAAUUUGAAGGGUGGAAAAACCAACAUUAAGAAAAGGAAGAAAGAUUCUGACAGUGACAGUGAGAUGGAUGAGCCUCUGUCAAAGACUAAGGGUAAGACCAACAUUAAGAAAGUAAAGGAAGAUCCUGAUGAUAGUGACAGUGAGAUGGAUGAACCUUUGUCAAAGACUAACGGUAAGACCAACAUUAAGAAAGUAAAGAAAGAUUCUGAUGACAGUGACAGUGAGAUGGAUGAACCUUUGUCAAAGACUAAGGGUAAGACCAACACUAAGAAAGGAAAGAAAGAUCCUGAUGACAGUGACAGUGAGAUGGAUGAACCUCUGUCAAAGACUAAGGGUAAGACCAACAUUAAGAAAGGAAAGGAAGAUCCUGAUGACAGUGACAGUGAGAUGGAUGAACCUCUGUCAAAGACUAAGGGUAAGACCAACAUUAAGAAAGGAAAGGAAGAUUCCUAAUGACAUUGACAGUGAGAUGGAUGAACCUCUGU